AUGUUCAAAUUAUUCAAAAUCAAGAGUCUUCUUCGGCUCACAAUCUUUCUGUCUCCUGUAUUAUCAGAGCUCCUCUGCCGACCCGAAGGACCCGUGGUACCGCGCCCCGUCUCUCUAUCGUCGUCACCAGACUUCCUGUCCGCGGCCAGGAAUCUGAGCGACAAUUUCAGCCCGGCUCUGAACGGCACGAUUCGAGCAGGCUUUCCCACAGAAAAUGUCUCCUUCUCUGUCGCUGUUGUCUCAUUGGCGCAGGAUGACCCCAGGGUACCACUUUGGGAACACCACCAUCUCUCAGCCGCAAAUAUCGACGGCACAAAGGAGCUAGACAGAAAUUCCCAGUACCUCAUCGGCUCAGUAUCCAAGGUCCUAUCCGAUGCUGUCCUGCUCAAGAGCGGUUUGAGCCUGGAUGACAGCAUCACCAAGUAUCUACCCGAGUUAGCGAGCAGUGAUAGCCCAGUCAGGUGGGAAAAUAUCUCCCUCGGGGCUCUGGCUAGUCAGCUGAGUGGCAUUCCGCCCAACUAUGGAUUCUCAGAGUUCUACUACCUGAAAGACUACUUCGAGUCACUCGGGUUCCCGCCUCUCAACGACAGCGACUACGCCCCAUGUGGCGUCCAGGCGCUGAAUAUGGGUUGCACAAGGGAACAGUUCCUCCAAGGCAUGCUCCAGGUCAGGCCAGUGGCGUCGCCCAUGACGCGUCCCGUGUACUCCAACAUCGUCUUUAGCCUCUUCGUCUUCGCCAUCGAGGCUGCUACCGGCAUGAAUUACACAGAACAGCUCAAGCACUAUGUGACAGAUCCGCUUGGCAUGAUGAGCACGACCACCAGCCCUGGCGUUGACGAUCGAGCUGUGAUCCCGCCGAUGCAGAGCAGUUGGGGGAGCCAUUAUGGAGACAACGCACCCGGAGGCGGCCUUGUGUCAACAAUCUCAGACCUCUCUACCUUCUUCCACGCAAUCCUCUCACGCAACGCAACCCUCCUUCCUCCCACAGCCAUCAAUUCGUGGCUUAAACCCCGCAGCCCCGCCAGUUCAAGCCACUCGUCCGUCGGAGCGCCCUGGGAGAUCUUCACUCCGGACGCUGGCACGCUGACGCCAGAUCACCCGCACACGGUCCACAUCUACGCCAAGAACGGCGCCGCGUACGGGUACAACGCGCAGGUGGCGCUGGUGGACGACUACGGGGUGGCCGUGGUGGUGCUCACGGCAGGAGAGCCUCAAGCCUACCGGUUUGUUUAUGAUGCCACGCUCAGCAGCAUCGUACGAGCUGUAGACGAGGCUGCGAGGGUCGAGGCUGAUGAGAGGGGGUACACGGGGAGUUUUGAGGGGCCUUGUUCGGGUGUAUCCGGGACGCCGGAGCCGGCGUGCUUAAACGUCACGGCCUAG